UCCUGGAGUGAGGCCCUCACCUCCAGGUUGGCAGUUCUCCCCGAGGCGCCUCCCGCUAUCGACUGGGCUUACUACAAGGCCAACGUGGCCACGGCCGGCCUAGUGGACGACUUCGAGAAGAAGUUUAAGGCCCUGAAGAUCCCUGUGCCAGAGGACAAGUUCACUGCCCUGGUGGAUGCUGAAGAAAAAGAAGAUGUCAAGACCUGUGCCGAGUGUGUGUCUCUUUCCAAGACCAGGAUUGAGGAAGACGAGAAGCAGGUGGAGAAGAUGAGGAACAUCAUUCCCUUUGACCAGAUGACCACUGACGACUUGAACGAAGUCUUCCCCGAAACCAAGUUAGACAAGACCAAGGAUCCCUACUGGCCUCAUCGGCCAAUCGAGAGUUUGUGAAGCGGAGUCUGAGUGGACACGCUGGCCCUCCCCUGAGGCGCUCUGAACAGUAAAAAUAAGAAUGCUAAA